UCUGACAGGAUUUCCUUUAUUUUAAUCGACAUGGGGGUCCAAAAUGAAAGCAGUAGAGCUCGCAUAAUUUUCAUGAUUAGUUAUGGGCAAAUUGGUUGGGAGCCACCUUACAAAAGUAUAGAAAGCCUAAAAGUUGAAGGAUUCCCCCUCCAGAGAAAGUUUCCCUGAGAAGAAGGGGCCAUAUAUAAUGGUGCCAAGCUCAGAAAAGAGAGACGAGGAGGAGGAGGAGGAGGAAGAGGGGAGGGAAAGAGCAGAGAUCAUAAAAUGGGUAGCACCGCUACCAUGCAGGAUGGAAGUAGGUGGCUGAGCAGAAGCCAAAGAAGAGUCCCUACUGCUGCUGCCGCUGCUGCUGAUCUCAUGGCCUGCUUUCCUACGAGGGCACCUUUAAUGAGGAUCAUGCCAAAGCCUGUCUGCAGCCCCAGCCGGCCCACGGACAAUCCAAAGCGAGGUCGAGCGCCUUCAAACAGGCCUAUGUUCAAGACCAAGGUCAAGACAAAGGGCAACAAUGGUAGCGGCAACGCAGGCGACAUGGAGGAGCCCACCUCGCCCAAGGUGACUUGUGCUGGCCAGAUCCGCAUCAAACCGAGGGCAAGGGCGUGCAAGAGUUGGCAGACUGUGAUGGAAGAGAUUGAGAGGCUGCAUGCCCGCAAGCGAGGGAAUCGAGGGUGGAGGACGAGGUGGAUUGAACCGCUGCAGAUCAAGAAGGAAAUCAUGCACUUCUUGGCAGCGCUUCGAGAAGAAGAAGAUGAUGAAGAGAAAGAAGAAAAUGGUGAUGACGAAGGAGAUGAGAACGAAGAGUACAUAAACAGCCGAGCAGCCUUUUCUCGGUGGUCCAUGAUGAUGCAGAGAAGCAGCAGCACCAACAGGCUUGAGGUAAAAGAAGUACAGAAAGAAGGAAGGGAAAAGGAAUUAGAGAAAAACGAUGAUCAGAAAGCUGAAGAUAGUGGAGCUGUUCCUCCUAAAAAUGCACUUUUUCUUAUGAGAUGUAGAUCUGCACCUGCACAAGGAUGGCGAUCUCGAAGUUGUGAGGAAGAGCAACGGAACAAUAAGGAUCAAGGAGGAGAAGGAGAGGAGAUUGUACUGGCAAGAUAUGCACCCGACUUUUACAUGCUCUCAUCUGACAUUGCAAAGGAGACUUGGGUCAGGAAGUCCGAUUUCCUGCACAGAAGCCGCACUCUGAAGAGAUGAUAACCAGGCUGCUAUGGACUAGCAUCCACAUGGUUAGGGCAGCGGAUGAUUAUUGUUUUUGUUUUCUCGCCUUCUCUCAUGAGCAAUCUUGCUGUACGGGCGUCCAUCUUAAGGCGACGGGAAGCGUCUGCUUCCUUUUUACAGUUGGGGAGGAGCUAAUCCAGAUUCUACCGUCGACGCAUAAAAGCGGUCAGGUCAACAGGAACCAGCCCGACACCCUAGACAGGUUUCAUCAUCAUCAAAAGAGAAGGAUCAUUCCGUCUUCUUUAGCUUUUGUCUGCUCCUGUUUAUUUCUCUUUUCUAUGUUUUAUCAAUGCUUUUAUGGGUUGUUUGAUUGAGUGAAUAGUGCUAGUAAUUGGAUGUGAAUAGAGAAGACGCAUUGAUAGGUACCGAGGGGAAGGUGCCUCUGUGCCUGGGAAUAUGCUCUGUCACACAGCUUUUGUGUGCUUAGGAAUUGGAAGCACUAUAAGAAGGCCUGCUUGACACUGCUAAAAGAGUUAAAAAGAAUUCGUAGUGGAACACAGCUUUGGAGAAGGGAAAAGUAAUCAAUGGUGUCUGACUUCCUGCCGCCAACGUGUAUAUCCUAGACACGAAUUUGCUUUCUGUAAUGUGUAUUGAGACUGUAAUUCUUCUGCCGUCCCAUGGGACACUAUGCAAUAACAUGCAUCUAUUAUUA